CCGGCGCAGAGUUUUCUCUCUCCCUCGCAUCCGCCUUUUCUCCUCUUGAUGGCUGCGUUCGCGUUACUCCAUGCGUUUUUUCCGCGUCGUGUAUCCGGUAUCCUCGGUCGGUUUCCCUCGCUCCGUCGAAGGAGAUGCGGCACUGCAAGCCGCCCGGCGCGUUCCCGUCCCCGGAAUGGCGUGAGGCCCUGUUCCCAUCUUUCCUUUGGGUUCUGAAAAGUCCCGCUUUUUCCGAGUUUUUCCCCCAAGUUUUUGCCGUUUUCUCUCCGGGUUUGACGCCGCACGCGCACUCGCGCAGCCAGAGCGGGUCUUCGUUGUUCUUUACUGUUUUGUGCGGUUUUCUCUCCCUCUCGUCGACGUCUUCUCGACGACGCCCUAAAGCCUUUUUCUUCCAAUUAAAGCGCGGAAACGUUUUUUCUCUCCCGAGACACCUGUGAAUAGCCGAGGCGCCGCGACGCAGCAGACUCGCAGCCGGAACGCUUGCCUGCGAAAAACAAGACCCACUGAAACAGAAAACUGAACAUUCGGGCGCGGUCUAUCGCCAUUCACUCGCAACUGUCGUGAACCUGCUUUGUAGAGACUUCAUCGCACGCGUCUCUAGACAUAUGUAACCUCCCAGAGCCUUCAAAAGUGGAAGUGGACCCUCCCUGCCCAUAAUGCGUAAAUGCUUCUCUGCAAGUCCGGAUGACGCCGCGUGUCACCGGCUCGACUGCUUGCGUGUGUAUGUGGAGAUUGCUUCCAUCAAUUUGGAUGAAUUCGUCAUCUGAAGACUAGCUGCAACUCUUUUUUUACGCAUGCAUGAACGUCUUCUUCGCGUGGAAACGGCGCGAGGUCUCCGGAUUGCUCCCGUUCUCUUCGUCCCCUGUCGUCGUUCGCGUCGCUCCUUCUGUGCGCAGUUCUGUCGAGACAGUUUCUCUCCAAUCAGGUAUCUUCGCCUUGCUCGUUCGUGCACUGUCAGGGGGUCUUGGUCGAAUUCGUUUCCAGUUGUGACGAUUUCUCUGACGCAGAAUGCAGUGGAGAACUCUGCCUCGCCGCCCUCCUUGUAGAAUGUUUUCUGCUGCUUCAGAAACGCGCUCCUCUCACAGCGUCUCCCUUCCUCUCUCACUCCCUCUUUCCUCUGAGUCUUGGAGGAAAACCAACUCGGCUGCUCCGCAUCUUGCUCCGCGUGCCUCUUAUUGCUGCCGGAGACACCCUCCUGCCCUCUCCGCCGAACAACCUCAGUCUGCUCUGCCCUCCUAUCGCUCUUCCUUGCGGCCUUCUCUCCCGUGCUCUCCUUCGCUCUCCAGCUCUUCUUCUUUCUCCUGCUCUCCGUGUGUCUCCUCCUCGGCUGCUCUGCCGGGGCGCGAGCGCGGUCGGAAGGAGACAGUGAAGCGGGUGGCUGUCUCCGGACCUUCAGAAGUCAAUCGGCGGGAUCAAGUGUCUCCAGUGUGGGGUCGGCUCGCGAGGCGGGAGAGGGGCAGACUUUGGGCUGGCGGCAGGCGCGCGGUCAAGGGAGACAGGAACGAAAAAAGAGUUUUUUGCCGCAGAGACUUCUCGGCAAUUGGGGUGUCGACUGCGUGGCACAGAGGCCUCAGCGUCUCCUCUGGAACGAACGUCCCUGCCGCCUGUUCAGACAAGAAUUUCGACCGAGAAAAUGAAGUUGCUUUUUCUGUAGAGAAGGAAAACGCAGGUCCUCGGAACAAACGAGAAACGCGAGAGCUUCUGGAUCCCAGAGAGGAGAUGAGGAGGAGGGUAUCCGGAGAACGCCAGCGAGAAGGGCCAGCAGGGUCGAGGAAACUCACAAAAAAGUUCUGCCCGGAGUCUGCAUCUUUCUCCGUGCACUCUCUUUCUCACGCGAGGGUCUCUUCUGUGAAGAGCCCAGGCGAGAAGAACUCGUCUGUUUCUCCCGCGUUCCUCCUCCCCACUUCAGAGUCAGCAGGCUCAGGGGAGCAGACGAGGAAGCAGUCAGAGAGGUCCAGAGAGAAGACACGGAGACGACGGACGGAGGCCGCAAGCGCAGACCGGGAGCCGGGAAGCCAGAGGCGCGGAGAGGGAAGUGACAAGAAGUGGAAGGUCUCUAGUCCUCGUGUUCGGAGCUCUUCUUCGCGGUGGUUUGGCGGCAGAAGAAAAGGAGUCUCUGCGGUGUCUGUGCGAGGCAACUGGGAGGCGAAACUGUCUCUUUCGGUGGCUUCCAGACUUGCCAAAGAGAAGAAAAAUAAAACCGAACUUGGAAUGGGGGGUCUCCUCGCGGCGCCUGUGCCUCUCGCUUCGCUGCGUGAGUCGCCGGGUCUCUCAUACGACUCAGACGACUCAUCCCGGAAGAAGAGAAAGAGCAAAGAGACUCCCAGCGAGCGACAAGGAAAACCACCUCCCAGUCUACUUCCAAAUCCUGGCCUCGACUCCAAGAAGCCGAUAUCUCCCCGUCUUUCUUCUUCCUCUUCUUCCUCGCCUUCCUCUUCUUCCUCUUCUUCCUCUUCUUCCUCUCCGUGUACUUCUUCGAUUGUCCCUGGGUUUUUGACUGCGUUGAAGAGGAGACAGCCGCCGCCGCAGCAGAGGUGCAAGAGGAGCACUGCUUGGCGCAUGUCUUCGGUGUGUGUGCGGGGAGGAGACGACCGGGGGGUGGGGACGCGGGCGAAGAGUACUUGUCGAACCUCCGACUUCGUCUGUGAAUCGGGAAAAGAUGGACUGUUGCCCGGAGGACAGAAGGACCUGAAAGAGGAAGGGUGUGGGGUGACGCAGUUGAGGGCGCAGGAAGGUCUCUCGGGGACAGAGAGAGACGGUCCUCUCGGCGAAAUGCGAGGCGGGAAGAGGAAAAGAGAAGACAAGCGGGCGGAGGUCCAGCUGGCAAGGAGCGGCGAAGGCCUGAAGACUGAAGAGGAACGCGAGAGGCUGCGCGAGCAGGCUCGACAAGAAAACCUCGCAAUUUGGCAGAGAGGACAAGACCUGCUGGAAGAGUCCGCGUUCAGUUCGCAGAGUUCACCCGAGUGGUACACCGCGCCCUGGCGUCGAGCUGCGCUGUCUAAACACAGGGCCGACAGAGAGAAGACGGAGGGUCGCAGCAUGUUUGGGACGACAGGAGUGAAGCGCGAAGAGAAGGACUUGGAGAGAAAUGCGCCGAAAAGGGAGGAGAAUGAUGGUAAACGCGAAACAGUAAAUACAGAAGAAUCGGCAGGUGAAACUGCAGAUACAACGACCGACUGUAUUGCCAAGCGACGUCCCCUCCGUCGCUGUCGCGUACCACCCCUCUUCUCGUACGCUUCUUUAUCUUCUCCGUCUUCUUCAUCUUCGUCUUGCUCUUCCACGUCUUCUUCCUCUUCUUCGUCUUCGACUUCCUCUGCGACGUCUUCUCCCUCUUCCUCUUCUUCGUCUUCCUCGGCCGACGGUCGCCGUCGUUCUGCUCGUUUACGCGAAGGCAGUGCCGAUAUUGUUGGUGUGAAUGCGUCCGUGGACGCAGGUCCUGCGAACAGUUGUCAAGUGGUUGCCAGUGCUCGUCGGGCAUCUGUUUCUCGCAGUUGUGCAACUGGCGCGUCGAGAGAUCUUCCGCCUCGAGCCUGCGCCUCCGCAGAAGUGUCAAGUUUCUCUCUGAACUCUUCCUCGAACUUCAGACACUGUGCGCCUUACGUUCGGAGUCUCGCGCGUCGCGCAGGCUGGGAGCGUGUGCCUCCGUCUCUUCUUCUUCUCUUCGUCGAAGAAUUGGGGGCGUCUCUCAGUCGCGGACUGUGGAGGCGCAAGCGCCGGCGAGAAGGAGACAGGCAGUCUCCGCGCGGAGACAGAGAAGACGGUUCGGGAGCGAAGCAUCCCGAGAAGAGGCGUCUCGGAGAAGUCGAGCGUCUUCUUCAAGUGCAGAACGAGUGGGAACGCGCGAAAGCUGUCUCGAUGUGGAGACGCGCGAGGUCUCAAGGCGCCAGCGAAGGCGAGAGUCUGAAGGAAAUUCGAUCGAGGCUCAGAGGUCACGCCCACCCCGUCGGAUGCUUGGCUCCUGUGUGCGAAGAAUUCUAAAAACAGUCGAGAAGAAUGGGCGAAAUUCGAGCGGCCGAGGAACAGAGUCAUCGGACUUCAAGAGGGGGGUACGGCGAGUGUUUUUUGGCGCGCAUGCGAAGAAGAGGACAGGGAAGAAAAGGAAGUGUAGGGCGUGAAGGUGCAGAUACAGCGUGGAAUGUCACUGUGUGGUUUCCGAUCGAGGCCAGCUGAGGAAAUUCGGCGUCGGAAAGAUUCCGAAAUCCACGAGAGGAAGCCUCGUGGCUGUAGCAUCGCCUCUCACGUAGUUUGCGUGGAAAAACAGGCGCGAAGUGAAGGAAAACAGGUUUUACUGUCAAAGAGUUUCUUCUCGGUGUCUAGGAAACGAGAAACACGGCGACAGGGUCGUCUUUGGUUUUUUUACUGGACAGUCCUUUUGUCAAAGCAGCCACGAAAUCUUUUAUAAAAUGAUGUGUACAGAGUCUGUAGUGGAAUCUACUAGGGAUACACGGACCCAGUUCUCGACGGUCCUUCCAAGCGCAUGGAUGCAUAUGUGCAAAUGUCUGUGUGUACCUACCAGCUGUCCUGUAAAUGUCAAGAGGGCGUGUAUUCGUGUAUCCUGGAUACAAAGUUGUAGGUGGGUGUUUGUUCGCAUUCUAUGCGAUGGCUUCUGAGGAGCCGUCAAAUGUUCUUGUGAGGACAUCUCUUCUGAAGAGAGACCAGUUUCCGCUGAGGCACCGGGAAAAGUUUUUCGGGAUGUGGCCUUCCCCAAGGUAGGCGAAGGGAGUGUCGGGCGUUUCGUCGGCGAUGGCUGGCCAUCUGGAACAGCGAGGCGUGGAACGAUCACAGAAGGAACUCGAAAGAAAAGGUGGACAUCCUUUUCACGGGAGUCACAGAAACAGGCGUCCCUUCCUAAUGGCUGUACCGGAAUAAAGACCCUAGAGCGUCUAUUCACACCCUUUUGAUAUAAAAGUGAACAGGAAGGCACGAAACAAACCGCAGGACUGCGUCAUGCUCGCGGAAUCACUCGAAAGUGUAGCAGCGGUUCCUUCUCUUUUUGUUCCUCUGUCUGUAUUGGAGGCCCGGACGCCACACAUACACAGAACGAGCGGCGUCUGCGACGUUUUUCGACUCCGAAGAAAGUAUGUAGAUCUUUAGCAAAAACUGUCGCUGUGAGUUUCAGCUUGCUGCACUGCGGCUCGGGUUGUCGCCGAGGAACGAGUCCCACUACUCAAAUUCGCACUCCGAAGGGCGCUUCCAAGGGCAUUAUGUUUAGAAAAUGACAAACUUUUGGACCCCGAGCAAAUCGUUCUCUCGUCCGCAGAGUUGACUCCUGGCGAAACAGGUACGGAACCUGGAUCACAACCAAGUUCGGCGCUUACUCGCGUUGCAGAGAGUUGACACUCCGAUGAAGCGUGUUUCGUGACCAACUGGCGCUGAGGAGCACCAAUGCCCGUAACGGCAGUUUCUAAAUGGUUCGUGGUUUCUACUUUCGUGAGCAGCAGUGGCGGGAGAAAAGAGGGUUCUCCCCAGUGUCGGGAUCUGAUCGGAGAGGUUGGACUCCCAUGAGGAAAGCACACAGAAAAAACGGAGUCUCACACCGCAUCGGAGAGUCUCCCGCGAACCGGGCCACAACAAGACAAAAACGGGAAGAAGCCACUGUACAAAAAUACUCUUGACGCAAACCGUGCGUCGGCAGCUUUGACUGCCACCCCCGACAGGUAUGUCUCGAAGUCAGAAACUGCCCAGAACAUCGUUUGCCAACAGAAUGCACCUUAGCUCAUGUCUUCGCGGUUUCUCAACGGUGGAUUUAUUUUCAUUUUCUAGCAACAGCGACGCACUACGACGCUGGUUCUGUGUCCUCUGUCACCAGUUCGCAUGUCUGUGGCUAUGCCUUUUGCGCAUUCGACGACACAUGCGUAUUCUGUAAACCUAAAUGGUUCGGGUAUACGCUUUGCAUGUUCCGUGUUGCACCGAACAGACAUCGUCCUCUUUUUCGCGUGAGAAAACGAAUCUC